CAUAUGAUAGCUUGUCUCACGUAGGAAUAAUGGUAUAGUGCUCGUAAAUCGUCGACAUUUCCCGAUUGAGUUGUCAACAUUAUUUGGGCAUGGCCGAAACACAGAGGAAUUUAGCAACUCGGUGUAGAUGAAACACGCACAACGUAACGCAUUCAGUGGGAUUUCUAAGGAAGGCCAAAGUGCUUUUUUAGUUUUUGUUCAAUUCCUUGGGGCCUCAAUGGCUCAUACAGGAUGGAAAUCACAGUGAAAUGUCAAAUGAACAUAAUAGCGUUCUUGACAACAUACCGGAAUCACUGGCAAUUUGUUGAACGGAUGAAUCACAUCACCAAUUACCAUUAAUAACAGAGAGAGUCUCUGUAAUAUCGUCCAUCAUGUCCAACAAAAGUAGUCAUCGUUCCUUGCGCAUCAAGAUAAUUAGCAUGGGGAACGCUGAGACUGGCAAGAGCUGUAUAAUCAAACGCUACUGUGAGAAGAGGUUUGUUCACAAAUACUUGGCCACUAUAGGCAUCGACUAUGGCGUCACCAAAGUCAGUGUGAAGGACCGAGAUGUUAAAGUCAACAUCUUUGAUAUGGCUGGGCAUCCUAUAUUUUAUGAGGUGCUCAAUGAGUUCUACCGAGAUGCACAGGGUGCACUUCUUGUGUUUGAUGUGUCUGACCGUGUGAGCUUCGAGUCUCUGGAUGCUUGGGUGCAGGAGAUGCAAAAUGAGAUGGCCGACAAGACAGAGGUUGACAACACUAUUGUCUGUGUGUGUGCUAACAAGAUUGACAAAAAACGAGCUGUUGAUGAGAUGGAAGGCCGACUCUGGGCAGAUUCUCGCGGCUACCAUUACUUUGAAAUGUCAGCACAGACAGGGGAGGGAAUCAAUGAUAUGUUUCAGGUGUUGUUUGAUGGAGUAGUGAGUACAGUAGACAAUGGUGGGAAGCGACUUCCUGUGCAGACACAGCUUGGAUACACCAAGGAACAGAUCGACGCCAUACAGAAACUCAAAAACUCUAAGUCAGACUUCGAGAGACUGGGUCUCUCUCCGGGAGCAUCCAAGGAUGAUGUCAACAAAGCAUACAGGAAGCUGGCCGUGUUGCUACAUCCUGACAAGAGUGUAGCACCAGGAAGUGAAGAUGCCUUCAAGUUGUUAGUGUCGGCUCGGACAGCUUUGUUAAAAAGAUGUCAUUAACAACAGCUAUGUAUGUCGUCAGUUCAUGCAAUGAAAUUCAGUCAAGCAUUGGUGUGUUAUUAACAAUCCAUUCAUGGUUUAAAGUUCAUUCAAGGAGAGUGCAGUGUUCUCCCAUGCUUCAUCCCGUAUUUCAUCCCAAUAUGUUAUCGAGAAUGAAUUUUCACGAAUACCAAAUGUAGUCACAGUUAGUGGUUUGAACAGCCAGGAAUCUGGUCAAAUAGUUUUGGUCAAGUGAGCUUGACAAGCUCUUGAAAAGUUCAGGGUCUCUUUCUGUAAGUUAUGUGACGGUCCAAAUGGGGAAUAUUUUAAGUUGGUGGUCAGUAAAAUUUGGGUCUUCAUUUGAACAAUCUUACUCUGCAUAGUACUAUUCAAACUACCAGUGUUCAAGUCUUCCAGGUUCUGUAAUAUUCGCUAUCAUUAAGGGGCUGUUCAUAAUGUAUGGCUAGAGGGGGUGAUGAUGAUUUUAAGGAGGGGUCACCAAUUUUGUUCUGGGGAGCUGGAGGGGGUCAGCAAUUUGUACACACGUACUAGGGGGGUCAGCAAUUUUGUACAUCAGAAUAUUAAAAGAUUAUGCUUAACAAUUAUGGGAGAGGAGGGUAAUUGAUUUUGUACAUGACUUGCAUGGGAGUGGAGGGGUCAUUUACUUUGUACAUGCUUCUCCAUAAAAAUCAUAAUCACCCC